CUUUCUUCCCUUCUUACUUUCCCCGCUAGCAUAUAUAUUGUUCAUCAAGGAAAGGACCUUCGAGGCUAUUACCCGGGACAGAUUGCAAGAUUCCAUUUUGAUUAUAGUGCAAAGAGAUCAUCCAGACCUCUCAUAGACCUGACAAUUCCAUCCAAGGGAAAAAGUCACUAUCAGCCUCAACUGGACCAACAAACUCUCAUUCAGUAUAUUCAUUUUCAAAGACAUUCAAAGCCUGCUGAACCAUGGUAUAAAGAAACUACUUAUCAAAGAGACUAUUCUCUGCCAUUUUACAAGAUUGAUUGGAACCAGAAAUUAGGCACGGUAUCGUCAAAUCCUAGACCCCUUAAUUCACUGCCAGAGCUCUACUGCUGGAAGGAAGAGAAAGGCGGCUUUGAAAGAGAUACUUUUAAACUAAAGUAACUGUGGCAUUCAAACAAAGUAACAUUUUGCAUUCUUAGGUGACUCUUUUAGACUAAGAUAAUGGUAGCAGGGCUGCUUUUAAGUGUAUAUACAGGUGGCUACAAUCCUAAAAUAUUUACAUGUUGCAAAUUCUUUUCAGAUCAAGCUGGUCAGCCUACCUAAGAGAAUCAAGAUCCAGCUUUAAAAGGACUUGUCAUCUGUUCUUAGCCCCACUACCAGCCUCGCUGCCUGUGCAGGAAAACUGUCUUUCAGUUAGUUGAUAAGUUAUAUGUGGGACCAGGCAAAAAUAUAAUUGUAUCUGCUCAAACUAUCAUCCCUGUUAGAAAAAAAAAAAAAAAAAAAAGGCUAGAGACAUAGCUAAGGAGGAAGACUGGCCCUAAAGGCCUUGAAGAGGCUCUGGACACAGAAACUGGAGUAACUAUACUAAUGUUAGGCAGAAUAGACUAAAAAAACAAAAAAUGUCACUAGAAAUAAAUAGGGACACUUUAUAAUGAUAAAAGGGUCAAUUCCUCAGGAAGAUAAAAAAAUUAGAAACAUAUACACAACUAACAACAGAGCACCAAAAUACAUGAAGUGGAAACUGACAGAAAUGAAGGAGAAAGAGACAAUUCAAAAAUAAUAAUUGGAGAUGUCAUAUCCACAUUUAAUAAUGAAUAGAACUAGACAGAAUAUGAGCAAGUAUAUAGAAAAGCUGAACAACACAAGCAGCCAAACUAAUCUAAAUGACCUCCAUAGUACACUCCACCCAACAGCAGACAGAGUACUUAUCCUUCUCAAGCACAUGGGGGACAUUCUUCAGAACAGGCUAUAAAAUAUGUCUUAAUAAAUUUGAAAGGAGUGAAAUCAUACAAAGUAUGUUCUCUGACCAUAUGGAAUUAAAUUAGAAAUCAACAAUAGAAGAGAAUGAGGGAAAUCCACAAAUACCUGAAAAUUAAACAACAUACUUCUAAAUAAAGAAGAAAUCACCAGGAAAAUUAUAAAAUAUUUUGAAUUAAAUUAAAAAAAAAGAUAAGGGUAUCAAAAUUUAUGGAAUGCAGUUAAAGCAAUGCUUAAGGGAAAUUCAUAGCUUUAAAUUGCCUAUGUUAGAAAAGAAGAAAAAUCUCAAAAUCAAUAACCUUAAGAAACUAGAAAAAGAAGAGCAAACUGAACUCAAAGGAAGCAGAGGAAAGAGUAAUAGCAAUUAAGUUAAAACUCAGAAAAACAAUAGAGAAAAAUCAAUAAAAUGAAAAGUUGAUUCUUAAAAUCAACAAAAUUGACACAGCUUUAGCUAUACUGACCAAGAAAAAAGGUGAGAAGACCUUUACCAAAAUUUACUGGUUGUUCAGAGAAAAAAAAAAAAAAAAAAGGAAAGGAAUACUAUUAACUAUUUGCCAACAAAUUCUAUAACUUAGACAAAAUGAACAAAUUCCUAGAAAGACACAAAUUAUCAAAGCUGAAUCAUGAAGAAAUAGGACAUGUGAAUAGACCUAUAACAAGCAAAGAAAUUGAAUUAGCAAUUUAAAAAGUCCUCCCACAAAGAAAAGCCUAAGCUCAGAUAGCUUCACUGAUGAAUUUGGCCAAAUAUUUAAAGAAGAAAUAACAAUCCUUUACAAAUUCUUAUAAAAUAAAGAAGAGUACACUUCCUAACUCAUUCUAUGAAACCAGUAUUACCCUGAUAUCAAAGCAAGACUAAAAGGUCUUAAGAAAAAAAAAGACAAACUACUGGCCAACAACCCUUGUGAAUAUAGAUGCAAAGAUUCUAAAAAAAAAAAUAUUUGCAAACCGAAUCUAACAACAUAUAAACCAAGACCAAGUAGGAUUUAUUAAAGAAACAUAAGGUUGAUUUAACAUCUAAAAAUCAACUAAUUGUUAAGUCAGAAACUAAAGGAUUUGAGAUGUCCCCCUACUUGCACAGAAAUGCCACUGCAUUGAAUCAGAUUAAACCUUUAUUACUCACAGCAAUAACAACAGCCAGAGUAACACUUAGGGCCAAUUCCCACAGGGUGCCAUGCAAGGUAACAUAGUCACAUCUUAGGGUAAGAACAUCUUUAAAAACGACAACAACAACAAACCCAUUAUUGUCAAGUUGAUUCUGACUCAUGGAGACUUCAGGAGGCUAUUAUUCUGCCUAUCACAAUUAUUAAAACGGCAAUUCUUCCCAAAUUGAUCUCUAGAUUCAACACGGUCCCUAUCAAAAUUCAGCAGGCUUUUUUCCACCCCCCGAAAUUGACAAGCUGCUCCUAAAAUAGAUAUGGAUUGUAAAAGACUCAAAAUAACCAAACCAAUCUGGAAAAAGAAGAACAGAGUUAGAGGACUUAUACUCCCCAAUUUCAAAAUACACUGUAAAGCUACAGUAUCCAAAAAAGUGUGCUACUAGCAUUGUUAUCAUUGCAGUUAGCUGCCAUUGAGUUGGCUCUGACUCAUGGCAACCCCAUAUGUGCAGAGCAGAACUACACUCUAUAGGAUUUUUUACGGCUCUGUGACCUUCAGAAGCAGAUUGCCAGUCCUUUCUUCUGAGAUGCCUUUGGGUGGAUUCGAACUGCUAACCUUUAGGCUAGCAGUUGAGUGCUUAACCAAGGAUGGAUAUAUAGAUCAAAGGUGCCAGGCAAUUCAGUGGGGAAAGGACAGUCUCCUCAACAGUUGGUGCUGGGAUAAUUAAAUAUCCACAUGCAAAAAGAUACAUUUAGACCCUUACCUCACACCAUACACAAAAACCAACUCAAAAUGGAUCACAGGCCUAAAUGUGAGAGCUAACCUAUAAAAAUUUUAGAAUAAGACAUAGGAGAAAAUCUUCAUGAUCUUGAGUUAGGCAAAAAUUUCUCAGAUGCAGCACCAAAAACACAAUCUAUAAAAGAAAAAAAAGAUAAAUUUGACUUGAUCAAGAUUUAAAGGUUUUGCACUUCGAAAGUCACCACUAAAAAAAUGAAAUGACAAGCCACAGACUGGGAGAAAAUAUUUGCAAUUUAUAUAUUUGAUAAGGAGUCCCUAGGCAGUCCAAACAGUAAGCACUCAGUUACUAUCUGAAAGGUUGGUGGUUUGAAUCCACCCAGA